AUGGUCACCGCAGAAAAAUUCGACAUCCCGCCAGGCAAUGUUGCUCGCGUGCGCAUCAUUGACACAACGACAAGCAUCAAGACUCUCGAGACACAUCAUGUCAUGGGCCCACCAAUGCCCGGCAUGUACGUGAUGCCCGACAUUCUGGCCUGGUCAUUCCUGGUGGAGAGCACAAACGGUCGCAAAGCCCUCUUUGACUUGGGUGUCCCACCUAAUUUUGAGGACUUCUCGCCUGCGGUUACACGGUUCCUCAAAACGGACGCCUGGGGCUGGCAGAUUUCGUCGCAAAAACACGUGGCAGAUAUCUUAAAGAAUGAAGGCGUUAACCCUGCCUCAAUUACCGACAUCGUAUGGAGCCACUGGCACUGGGAUCACAUAGGGGACCCUUCCACAUUUCCACUGCACGCCCAGCUCGUGGUCGGUCCAGGUUUCAAGGAUGAAUUCCUGCCCGGCUACCCGGCCAGGCAAGACUCUCCAGUAAGAGAGAGCGAUUUCAAAGGCCGUCAGCUCCGCGAGAUCACUUUCCAAGAGUCUCAAGGGGCUCUCCAAAUCGGCCAAUUCCGCGCCUUUGAUCUCUUCAGCGACGGCUCAUUCUACCUGCUCGACACACCGGGACACGCGACAGGACAUUUAGCAGGCCUUGCCCGGACCACAGCCGACACAUUCAUCAUGAUGGGUGGCGACCUUUGCCACCACAGCGUCCGUCCCUCCAGAUACAAAACCUUACCAGCGGAAGUCCAUCUCGACGCUUUCCGCCAUUUUCAAGGCGGUUUCUGUCCGGGCUCCGUGUUUGAGGCCUUGCAGGAAAAGCGAGGGAGAGGGCUGGAUCAGCCCUUCUUUGAGCCAACUUUUGGCGCCGAUAUUCCACUAGCCAUGGAGACUAUCACCCAGGUCCAGGUUCCGGACGCCAACGAUAAUGUCUUGUUCAUCUACGCACACGAUAAGAAUAUCCAGGGCAUUGUGGACAUGUUCCCCGCUGACGUAAACGACUGGCAGACGAAAGGGUGGCGUGAGAAAAUGUAUUGGAGAUUUUUGGAGGACUUUAAGGAGGCUGUGGAAGGCUGA